AUGUCCCAUGUGCUAUAUCUGUAUUGCGUCGUGCAAUUCGUAUGUCGUCUAACGAUUCUUACAGCUGAUAUGAAAUCUCAACUACAGCAAUAUCAACGUUUUUUAAAUGGACCAGAAAGUGUUUAUCAGCAACGGCAAUUGCAGACAAAUAGCAAUAACCAAAAAUGGUAUUAUUCGUCUAACAAUCAGGCAACACCAUUUCAAUGGUAUUGGACAAAGCAAGAUACACCAUCAUCGAAUUAUUAUCAGAAUACUGUAUCAUUUAACCAAGGAAAUCAGUUAUCCAAUUGGGCAUGUGGAAGAAAUCAACUGAGCAGUCGCUUUGCACGUAUCAUGGGCGGACAAGAUGCUGUUCCGCAUUCGUAUCCUUGGAUGGUGUCGAUAACAAAGCGCUCCUUGAAUAAUAUUCAUUUAUGUGGUGGUGUUCUUCUGACAAGGCGCCAUGUUUUAACAGCUGCCCAUUGUAUGGAAGACUUUGAUGAUGUUUCAGACUUGAAUGUUAUUGCUGGUACAUACUAUAUUACUGAUAAACGAAAUCCAGUAGCAGCUAUUGCAAUCAAUGUUCAUCCUCUCUAUGAACCUGAAACAUUUGCCAAUGAUAUUGCUGUUGUUACUCUUCUAACACCGCUACCUGACAACAAUCCAUGGAUAGGAACGAUUUGUUUACCGCCCGAUGAUGUACCGGGAAAAAACUUUCCACCUAUGAAUAGUGCCGGUGUUGCUAUUGGUUGGGGUUCGACUUAUUUUGGUGGCGAUCCGUCAGUUACACUCAAGCAAGUAGUUUUACCAAUUCUUGAAACAACUAAAUGGCCAUGCAAUAUUUACAUCACCUAUGCUCAAGGACAGAUAUGUGCUGGAGAAUUAAGUGGAGGCGUCGAUACUUGUCAAGCUGACUCAGGUGGGCCACUAAUGAUGGAAAAUGCAGAUAAUCGCUGGGAAGUAGUAGGUAUAACUUCAUUUGGCAAAUCUUGUGGUAAGCCAAAUACGCCUGGAAUUUAUACACGUGUGAGUACGUAUAACAGUUUUAUUCGUUCCAUAGUCGGUCUCUCGUCGUACGCUCCAUAUAAUUCAUCAUCGUCAAAUCUAGUAUCAGCAAAGUUAUUCAUCAGUAUUUUGUUUUUGAUAGUAUUUUUUCUAGUUUAA